CCGGGUGGGACGAGGGGAGCGAACCAGCCCGCCUCGACCACCGACCUCCCCGCACCGCCUUUCUUGUCUGAGGCGCCAUGCUUUCCUGCACCAGCUUAUCUAUGUGAGCGGGACAGCCGUAGACAAAUCAAGGAAGAAACCGUAAAUUCAAUACCGACGACGCAUUGAAGGCUUGAAUUCCAGCGGAACCCGAAAACUUCCUCUUCCUGCUCCCCCGCGGCAUUUCUGUGGCGGCAGCGCCAUCUUUUGGCACCCGAAGUGACAGCAGCUGAGUACUCGCCUCGCCGGGGCCUCCAGGCUGUCCCCGCCGCCUCCCGCCCAGGACAGGAACGCAUUCGUUGUGCGCUUAGGAUGUGGUGGGCGCUGUGCCAGGUGCUGCAGAAAUUGGUGUGUUAGCCAAGACUUUCAUUGAUCAAGGGAAGCUCAUUCCAGAUGAUGUCAUGACUCGGCUGGCCCUUCAUGAGCUGAAAAAUCUCACUGAGCACAGCUGGCUGUUGGAUGGUUUUCCAAGGACACUCCCACAGGCAGAAGCUCUGGACAGAACUUAUCAGAUAGACACCGUGAUUAACCUGAACGUACCCUUUGAGGUCAUUAAGCAACGCCUUACUGCUCGCUGGAUUCACCCAGCCAGUGGCCGUGUCUACAACAUUGAGUUCAACCCUCCCAAAACUGUGGGCAUCGAUGACCUGACCGGAGAGCCUCUCAUUCAGCGUGAGGACGACAAGCCAGAGACGGUCAUCAAGAGACUGAAGGCAUACGAGGCUCAAACGGAGCCGGUCCUGGAAUAUUACCGGAAAAAAGGGGUGUUGGAAACGUUCUCUGGAACAGAAACCAAUAAGAUCUGGCCCAGCGUAUAUGCUUUCCUACAAACAAAGAUUCCAGAAACACACCAGAAGGACUCCGUCACUCCAUGAGGAGAAACGCACAUCACCAGGAAGAGAGCAGGAGCUGCUUGUGCUCACCUCCAGAAACCCCUCUGCCUAGGGCUCCAGCACGUGUGAAUUCUUUGGAAAUUGUGUGUUAUGUCUACUAUUUUUUUGGGGAUACUACUAAGGAUGUGCCAAAUGAUCAAAUAGAAAAGAUUCAUCUUUUAUGACCCUCUAAUAUGUUUUAUCCAGUUAUCUUUUAUAGGUUAUUCAAGAACAGCAGGAUGGCUAAUCUUUUGAAAACCUGGGGAAAGCAAAAAUGUGAAAGUCAUUGAUAGCAAUCAUUUUGUUUGAUAAAGACAAGUAUUUGAUAAGAUUUUCAGUUUUCUGGAAAAGUUUAGUCAUUUCUGGCACCGUGGGACAUGGUUUUGUGAAACAUUCUAUUAAAUUAUAGAAAAAAAAGCAACUGGAACUACAGAUCUGCUACAAGAUGCAAAUUCACUGAUGCCUUUACACUAAGAAACUUACAAGUUAGCCAAAUAUGCUGUAUCUAUGUUGUUGGUAAGGGUACCUUCCGUUUACUCAGAAUUUCCAGUUUGCCAUAAAUAUCUGUCAGCAUAAGGGAAGAUAGUACUUUAAUAAUGACGCUUUCUUCUGAAAAUAUAUGUCUUGAGGCAUGAUUUAUGUCAGAAAUUUGACAUUAUCAGUUCUUGGAUAAGCACCAAAGUUGAACCAGUUUUCAAUGGAAAAUGUAAUAAAGUUUUACAUUUUCAACUAUUACUCAGGUUAAGAAAUUUGUUAAAGAAAUCUAUGUCCUUUCUCUUUUUGACCAAAUGUGUGAUCUGCCUUGAUAAGUAACAAGUUACAGUAAAAAACAAGAAGAAACCCAUGUUACUACAUAAAGUAGGGGUACUUUAUCCUCUGGAAAUAGGUUAGACAUGCUUGGGGUAUGUUCUCUUGACCCAAGUAGCCUUCAUAAUUAGUAAGCAGGCACAGCCAUAAAACGAAUUAAAUGAUAUGUUAAAAAGGACCAGGAAAAUAACUGAGUAUUCCUGAUUGAAGAAAUCUCCUGGCAUUCACAGCCACCAUAUUUUAAGAGUGGAAAAAAAAUCUCUGCUGAUGUCAUCUGAGCAGCCACUGUGAAAUCUUAAUCAUUUUAGGCUCCUCACUGGGGCAACAAGGAUGCACAUGUGUGGACUGUGGCCUGGGAAGAGAAAUGGAUAAUACGAAAAGUGGCGGAAAACCCAAUCAUAUCUUCCAUGGGAUACUCUGUAUUUGACUUGGUGCUAAAUGAAAUGAAACAAGCCUUAGUACAAACUGGCAUUAACUGCCUUUGCAAAUCUGGUCCACUGUAUUCUACACAUUUAAAAUGUAAAUGUCCGCAAGUGGUUCUUACAUUUGGGGGGGGGGGAAUCUUACUUUUCUUAUGAUUUUUUUUAAAAUUCACUGUUGAUUUUUCCAAAAGGACCAAGGCUUUUAAAAAAGAUUAUAACAAAUAUCAUCCUUUAUAAUACUUUCUAUAAUGCCUUAUUUGAAUGUUACAAUUAUGUGCUUUCUAAAAAUAUUGUUAACUAUUAUGUUUAUGAAUAUCACUAGGUUAUCAGGCAUACAUUAUUUUCUAUUAGAAUAAAUGAAAUAUCAGCACUGUGGCUCUUACUUUGGACCUUUCACACAGCUUAGCUUAUUUCACCCCACCUUCCUUUCCACUGCUCUGAUAUCCUUGGUGUGGCUGUGUUUUAAUAAAUGUUCUUGAAACAGUACACAGGCUGGUUUCAUCUCAUGCAAUAUUUUUAUCUCCUACUACAGGAUGGUAACCAUACUUGCCUUGACACCCUGAAGUGAUCUGAAAAUAAAGGAGAGGUAGCAGAACUUGGCUAUGAAAAUUAAGAUUCUUUUUCCCUGUGAUCAUUCUCUCCCCUUCUCCAAUACACUUAACCCAAAAAUUUGCAUAUUCACCCAUUAUUUUGGGAAAUGCCUGUAAUAUGUCUUUUUUUAUUUAUUAAA